CGGUCAAUGCGAUCAGUUGUUGACGAGCUGGUGAUCGCGCUGGUGCAGUUUCGUCCGUCUCAUGAAUUGUGCUAUUUUUUUUUUAUUUCACCCGUUCACCGUCGAGAUUGGAAUCGUGCAACAAUAAUAACUACGUACGCGAUUCGAUUCGCGGCGCGUUGGACGCAGUCUUCGGCGUUCUUCCCACGCGUGUGAAUCUGUCAGUGUUUUCGCCCCGAUCGAUCCUUUUCUCGAAAAAGUUCAUGCUCUCGGAGUGACACGGGGCCGAGUGGAAGAAUGUUGGAUCGCGACACUGCGAUACACCUCGUCGCCGGAGGAGUGGCUGGAACAACCGGUGCCAUAGUCACAUGCCCCCUGGAAGUGGUUAAAACGCGCUUGCAAUCCUCUGACGGUUUCUACCCACCACCGGUGAACAAGGAGUUCACCUCCGGACAUGUCACGUGCAAGAGUUUCCCGAAACCGGAACAGAGGAGGAGGCUGUGCACCGGAGGUUACACAAGGCACGCUCUGGUGGCUCUGUCCCACUUCGGCGCGUCCACUCCCCCGGGAGGAUCUCCCCAUAGAUAUUCGACGCCGAGCGUGUUACAGUGCAUCAGGUACAUCAUCCAGAACGAGGGUACCCGGGCUUUGUUCAAAGGUCUGGGACCGAACCUUGUAGGAGUCGCGCCGUCCCGCGCUAUCUACUUCUGCGCCUACUCGAAAAGCAAAGUCGCGUUCAACGCGAUCUUCGCCCCGGACACCGCGCUCGUCCACGUGUUCUCCGCAUUCUGCGCCGGUUUCGUGGCAUGCACGUUGACAAAUCCUAUUUGGUUCGUGAAGACCAGGCUGCAGCUGGACCACCGAACGAACAAAAUCACAGCGAUGCAGUGCGUGCAAAGGAUAUAUCGUCAAUCGGGUAUCAAGGGAUUCUACAAAGGCAUUAUGGCCUCCUACAUAGGGAUAAGCGAGACUGUGAUACAUUUCGUGAUCUACGAGGCGGUGAAAGCGUAUAUAGCAACGUGCAGGUCCAUCGGCGGAGACGAUCGGAAAACGUUGCGCGAUUUCUUAGAGUUCAUGGCGGCCGGUUCGUUCUCGAAAACGAUCGCCUCCAGCAUCGCUUACCCCCAUGAGGUGGCAAGGACGCGGCUGAGAGAAGAGGGCAACAAGUACCUGACGUUCACGCAAACCCUGAAGACCGUGUACAGCGAAGAAGGCCCGUACGGACUGUAUCGUGGACUCGGCACUCACUUGAUCCGACAAAUACCGAACACGGCGAUAAUAAUGGCGACGUACGAAGCGGUGGUCUACCUGCUGAGUAGGCACUUCCAUCAAAGAUCAUUGGCGGUAACGAAUGGGAACGGGUCUCAAUUCUACACGGAGGCGAAGGGGAAAAGAGAGCUUGCCUAGGAUUUGCUUUCGGCCCCUGAAUAAAGGGCCGAUGAUUCGCUCGCCGCGGGUCCCGAGGAUGAGUGAGAGGAAAAAGAGAACGAAGAACAACAACGGUAGGAAGAGAACAGCAAGAAGACACCGUCCAGGGUUACACGCACGCGUUUUCCGUGUAUUGGGCCACGACGUUCGGGCCGGAAGGUAGCAAUAUAGGUAUCACAGCGUGUUCCACACUGCUGUGUACUCUGUUGAGAGUAGCAAAAAGUAGCCCUUCCUCCUUUCAGGUAGCGUACAACUACCGUACGCGAGAGGAACACAGCCUAAACUCAGUCUCUCUGUACUCUCGACGCACGCAUGGAGCCGGGGAUCGGGGGAACCUGGACUUAAAUCGGUUACGUAGGCUCGCAAAUGCGCCCGGGAACACAAGGUUCUGUUACUUUCUCGUUCCUCGUUAACUUGUUAACUGACUCGCGCGUUCACUGUGGGAAGUUUCUCCUGGGUAAAACGGCAAGUUGUUCCUGCUUCCGACAAUUUAAAUUACGGAGUACUAAGUCCUCGUCUAUCCCAGUUAACAGGUUAAUGAAACCAUUGAGGUGCCAAGGAGAUUCUGUACAUCAGGUUGUUUCCGGCGCCUUCGAAACACAAGAACGAUCGAAACUCUCGAUUUAAUUUAAUACCGCUGCUUGUCGAGAUUGAAAUUCGUGGUUCUUGUGGUUCACGGGUUGGAUACAACUUCUACUCCUCCUGAAAUAAUCUCGAGAUAAAUUCCAUUGAAUCAGAUUGUUUUUGGAGAUGAGAAUUAUCAAUUAACUGUGGAUAUAAAAAUUUCUCUGGUCAACAGUGACAUUUGAUAAUGAAAAUAUUCUGCUAUUGCUUCUACUUGAAAUAAAAAUGAGCAACUUCACUGACACGAGGUCGUAAGAAAAUUUGUUAGCAUAGAGAGAAAUAUUAUUCUUACUAUCCUGUUUUGCAUGACAAAGAUCGUUUCAUUUCUUUUUCGAAACUCUCCAAUCACCACGAGGUCUAAUUUCUUUUGAAUCAUGAAAAAGGUGUUCCGUUGCCAAUCGUAGAAAGAUCAAUUUUUUGCACGCGAGGCUCGUGAAACAACAGGAAGGAAAAAUCACUGCAUCGAUCGAUGCCAUAAAAAUAUCGUAGGAGUGUAGGAUCGUGUAUAUAUAUAAAUUAACGAAUCGCGUUCAAUAUUAUUCUCUACUAUAUACAUACACACACACAUAUAUAUAUAUAUAGAAGUAAAUCAGUAGGAUUUUGCAAAGGCGUUUGUAUACUAUUAUUUUUGUCGAGUGCGUUAACGCGUCCAAUCGAAACCGGAAGAGUUUUUCCUUUUUUUGUAACGUUCAGGGAGAGAAAGGUUUAUACGUAGUUGCCAUCCCCUAUAUGAUAUCUAUAUAUGCACUUAGAGAGAUACAGUAUAGAAGUGCGUUGUUAUUAAGAGUGGUAAUUCGUUGCAAAAAUGAAGAUGUUAAAGAUAAGUUAUAGAUAUAUAUAUAUAUUAUAUACAUUGAUGUACGUGAGGGAGGAUUAAUGAUGUUUUGUUACUGACUGAGAGAUAUACUAGCGUUUGUAAGUUCGAUUACGUUUGCGACGACUAACGCCGGUAGGGAAAGAAUCGGAUUCGUAGCUUUUUGAUUUUUAUACUCGUCUCGGCGUUCACUCGUGGAUAUUUACGUUCGUUACGAUUCGACUGCUCAGGUUUUCUGGAAACUAGUCUAAAAACGUUCUUCUUAAGUCCGUCUUGUAUCAUCGCGCGCCCGUCGAAUCAAGUUGAGCACGGAGGAAUUGGCACAGGGGGUGAAUAGAUUUUACACGAAUCUUCGCUUCCGUUUGAUUUUCGUUGCGUAAAGGGGAAGAAGCUGUGAUUUUUAAUUUAGAUCGUAUCAUCGGCAUGGUCGUCUUGACGAGAGACGUUAACUUCUUCUGGCAGAUCCGGAACCUUCGAGUACAAAACGAAAACGGUUUCGAGCUCGUUUAGUCUUAUCGAAGGGAAGACUGAAUUAUUUUCUAUUGUACUUAGCCAUCGGUCCGGAGAAGAAUUUUUGGCAACGAGAGGAAGCCGAUAUACGACUGUUGAGAAACGAUAUGUAUAUAUAUUUGUGUAUAUAUACGCAUCGAUCAAUAAAAUCAACGAAGAAUA